GCUGAUGCCCCCGAGAGCGCUAUCUUAUCAUCUAUCAAGCCUAUGAUGAAUGGGAACGCUGCGGAAGAUAAGCGCACUUCUCGCUUCCAGGGCUUUUCGUUAUUCCCGCCGGACCAGGGACGGAGGAGUCCACGCCGACGGCGUACACGUGCCUCGACAACAUCCUCGUGGCUGCAACAACCCCCCAAUAGCAAUAGGAGCCGCCACACAAGAAGGCACAGUGAACAACUCGGCUGUCGAAAUGCUUCCCCAGCG